AUGCAUGGGGGCAAGAGGGGGCUGGUGGCUCCGCAGAACACUUUCCUGGAGAACAUUGUCCGGCGCUCCAGCGAAACCAGUUUCUUGUUGGGGAAUGCACAGAUUUUAGAGUGGCCAGUCGUAUACAGCAACGAUGGAUUCUGCAAGCUGUCCGGAUACCACAGAGCUGAGGUCAUGCACAGGAGCAGCACAUGCAAUUUCAUGUACGGUGACCUCACAGAUAAAAAGACUGUAGACAAAAUCAGACUGACCUUUAACAACUAUGAGUCCAAUUUCCAUGAGGUGCUUCUCUACACAAAGAAUAGAAAACCAAUAUGGCUUUACAUGCAGAUUGCCCCAAUCAGAAAUGAAAAUGACAAGGUAGUGCUUUUCCUUUGCACCUUCAGAGACAUUACACUUUUCAAACAGCCCAUUGAAGAGGAGUCAGCCAGAGGAUGGACAAAGUUUGCUCGGCUCACAAGAGCCCUGACCAACAACCGCAACCUGGUGCAACAGUUGGCGCCGCUGAGUAAGGCCGAGGUCAGCCACAAGCCCUCCAGGCUGGCCGAGGCUCUUCAGCUCGGAUCAGAUAUUCUCCCUCAGUACAAGCAGGAGGCCCCGAAAACCCCCCCACACAUCAUCCUCCACUACUGCACCUUCAAGACGACCUGGGACUGGGUCAUCCUCAUCCUCACCUUCUACACCGCCAUCAUGGUGCCCUACAACGUCUCCUUCCGGACCAAGCAUAACAACUUGGCCUGGCUCGUGGUGGACAGCGUGGUCGAUAUCAUCUUUCUUGUAGACAUCGUGCUCAACUUUCACACCACUUUCGUGGGUCCAGCCGGAGAGGUCAUAUCAGACGCCAGCCUGAUUCGGAUGAAUUACCUGAGGACGUGGUUUGUCAUCGACCUGCUGUCCUGCCUGCCGUACGACAUUAUCAAUGCAUUUGAACACGUAGAUGAGGAUGCUGUCCCACAUGGCUCUCCUACAAGUCAUCUUCGAGACUUUUCACACUUCCACAGGAAUAGCACACGAGUAGAAGAUUCUCUUCUCCCAGGCCUCAGCAGCCUCUUCAGUUCCCUAAAAGUCAUCCGUCUGCUGCGUUUGGGCCGAGUGGCCCGGAAACUGGACCACUACCUGGAGUACGGGGCGGCCGUUCUGGUUCUACUGGUGUGUGUUUUCGGCCUGGUGGCCCACUGGCUUGCCUGCAUCUGGUACAGCAUUGGGGACUACGAGGUCAUUGACCAGACCACCAACAGCAUCAAGACGGACAGCUGGCUGUACCAGCUGGCCCUGAGUAUCGGAACACCUUAUCGCUACAACGCCAGCGGAACGGGCCAGUGGGAGGGCGGCCCCAGCAAAGACACCCUGUACAUUUCUUCCCUCUACUUCACCAUGACGAGCCUCACCACCAUCGGAUUUGGCAACAUCGCUCCGACGACAGAUGGCGAGAAGAUUUUCUCUGUGGCCAUGAUGAUGGUGGGCUCUCUGCUGUAUGCGACCAUCUUUGGAAAUGUCACCACCAUCUUCCAGCAGAUGUACACCAACACAAACCGCUACCACGAGAUGCUCAACAAUGUGCGGGAAUUCCUGAAGCUUUAUCAGGUUCCCAAAGGUCUGAGCGAGAGGGUCAUGGACUUCAUAGUCUCCACCUGGGCCAUGUCCAAAGGCAUCGACACAGAUAAGGUCCUCUCCAUCUGUCCCAAAGACAUGCGUGCUGACAUCUGUGUGCACCUCAACAGACAAGUGUUCAAUGACCAUCCUGCCUUCCGUCUGGCCAGCGAUGGCUGUCUGCGCUCCCUGGCUGUGGAGUUUCAGACCACACACUGUGCGCCCGGAGACCUCAUCUUCCAUAUCGGAGAGAGUCUCGAUACACUCUGCUUUGUUGUCUCCGGUUCUCUGGAAGUCAUCCAAGACGAUGAGGUCAUUGCAAUACUAGGCAAAGGGGACGUGUUUGGAGACGUGUUCUGGAAAGAGACCACGCCUGCCCGAGCCUGUGCAAAUGUGCGCGCCCUCACUUACUGCGACCUGCACGUCAUCAGGAGAGAAGCUCUAAUGAGGGUGCUGGACUUUUACACAGCGUUCGCCAACUCCUUCUCCCGCAAUCUCAUCCUCACCUGCAAUCUACGGAAAAGGAUCAUCUUCAGAAAAAUUGCUGAUGUGAAAAGAGAGGCGGAGCGCCAGCGGAGCGAGGUGGCCCUCUCCAUCCCCGAAGACCACCCGGUCCGCAAGCUGUUCCAGAGAUUCAGACAGCAGAGAGAUUUCCCGCCGCCCCGAGAGCCGAAGACCCUGUUUGACCACAACUGUGUCCAGGAGGAGCCGCAGCAGAGUCCCCACCCUGACGCCAACUGUUGCCCUCCGCUCCAGUCGGUGUCCGCUCAGCAGCCGGAGCAACGCUCCCCUGUGCCCAACAGCGCUCCCUGCCAGGGAGGGGGGGGGGGCGCCAGCGGCGGCCCCGGCCAGGCCGCCCCCCCGGAAGGGUUUGACCGCGUCCAAAAGGCAGAGCGCGCGCCGGCUGCGGAGUCUGAAUCGAGGCCCGGUGGAGAGAGCACCGGCGGGGAUGCCGGUCGGGAGGGAGCGGCGGGGGGGCCGCGCGGCUUCAGGGGGGCCCGGGGGUGGGCCAAGUUCAGGAGCAGCGCCCCCUCCGGGCAACAGACGCGUCCAGAGCAGCAGAAGCAGAGAGCAGACCAGUGGCUCACGCCGCCCAAGCCCCCCGAGCAGCCCGCCGGAGCGGCCCAGCAGGGCCCCCAGGCGGAGGGGGGCCCACAGGCGGAGGGGGGCCCACAGGCGGAGGGGGGCCCACAGGCGGAGGGGGGCCCACUCGCGGAGCAGGGCCCACAGGCGGAGGGGGGCCCACUCGCGGAGGGGGGCCCACUCGCGGAGCAGGGCCCACAGGCGGAGCAGGGCCCACAGGCGGAGGGCGGAGAGGCGGGGGAGGAAACGGGCGUCCUGCACAAAACCGACUCCUGCGACAGCGGCCUGACCAGGAGCGACCUGCGCAUCGACCGGGCCGGCAGCUCCCGCAGCUCCUUCGAGCGCAGCCCCAUGGAGAGAAGCCCCCUGGAGAGGACUCCCCCGGAGCAGGGCCUGGGGGUGUACGCCGAGGUGUCCCUCAGGCAGGCCUUCGUCCAGCCGGCGUCCGAGCAGGCCCUGCUGCAGGCCGCGCUGCACGAGGCCAAGCUGGAGCUGAAGGGGGACAUCAGCAGGCUGAGCAGCCGCCUGUCGCUGCUGGAGUCGCAGGUCAGCGAGAUCCUGCGGCUGCUGUCCAUGAAGCGGAGACUCUCGCUGCCCCCCACCGCCUCCAAAGCCAGAACGAAAAAUCAAGACUCGGUCGCGACCACGGAGGAGGAGCGUUUUUGA